CAGAUGGAAAGCGCUGAGCGCUGGGGGAGGUGGCCGGCUGCUUGUCCCGCGUCCGCCAUUUUGUUGCUGUGGCUAUUGGGAACCGGCUGAGCAUAACCGCCCCAGAGGCGCAACGCUCCUUGGAGGCCGGAGCUUCGAGUGACAGCAGGGAUCGGUGCAGAUCCGUGAGGUUGCGGAGUCAGUACUUUCCGGGCUGGGAUUCACUGGAGCCACCCUGGUGUCUCAGUGAGGCAAUCCCGGAGCAGGCGGGCGGCGGCGGAGGAUGCUGCGGACCUGGAGCCGAGAGGAAGGUGUUGGUCCGUCUCGCUAAGCGCGCCUCGAGGUGUGCCUAGAGGCCCUUUCACAGCCCCAGAGCAGUCUGCCCCGCCAAGGCUUCCAGAACCGGCGAGAGCAGCCGCCUCCCGGACCCAGUACCAUGUCCUCCGCCAGGUUCGACUCCUCGGACCGCUCUGCCUGGUACAUGGGGCCGGUGUCUCGCCAGGAGGCGCAGACCCGGCUCCAAGGCCAGCGCCAUGGCAUGUUCCUGGUUCGCGACUCCUCCACCUGCCCCGGGGACUAUGUGCUGUCGGUGUCUGAGAACUCUCGAGUCUCCCACUACAUCAUUAACUCCCUGCCCAACCGCCGCUUUAAGAUCGGGGACCAGGAAUUUGACCAUUUGCCGGCCUUGCUGGAGUUCUACAAGAUACACUACCUGGACACCACCACCCUAAUCGAGCCAGCGCCCAGGUACCCAAGUCCACCCAUCGGAUCUGUCUCAGCACCCAACCUGCCUACAGCAGAAGAAAAUCUGGAAUAUGUACGGACUCUCUAUGAUUUUCCUGGGAAUGAUGCUGAAGACCUGCCUUUUAAAAAGGGUGAGAUCCUGGUGAUAAUAGAGAAGCCUGAAGAACAGUGGUGGAGUGCCCGGAACAAGGAUGGCCGGGUUGGAAUGAUUCCUGUCCCUUAUGUUGAAAAGCUUGUGAGAUCCUCGCCACAUGGAAAGCAUGGCAAUAGGAAUUCCAACAGUUAUGGCAUCCCAGAACCUGCUCAUGCGUAUGCUCAACCUCAGACCACAACUCCUCUACCUGCAGUUUCCAAUACUCCUGGAGCAACGAUCAACCCUUUGCCCUCUACACAGAAUGGACCUGUCUUUGCUAAAGCAAUCCAGAAAAGAGUGCCCUGUGCUUAUGACAAGACUGCCUUAGCAUUAGAGGUUGGUGACAUUGUAAAAGUCACAAGGAUGAAUAUAAAUGGCCAGUGGGAAGGCGAGGUGAAUGGGCGCAAAGGGCUUUUCCCCUUUACGCAUGUCAAAAUCAUCGACCCUCAAAACCCAGAUGAAAAUGAGUGAUUGCUAUUGCUCUGUUUUCUGCUGCUUUGUUGUUCUGCCUGUCAUAGUCUCCUUGAAGUGGGAAAGCAUUCUCUCUCAUAGGCAAGUUACACUGCAUUGCCGACGUCCAGCUCUCUGCAGGUUGGAGGUCUCUCAUCCACAUUUGGAAUGCACACAACGGCUGCCUCCUGGGGUUUGUAUCAUAGUUGUAUUGUCAAAGAGUAGCUGGUUUUAGAAUUCUUUUGGAUCAUAAACUGGAAAUAGUGGUGGAAGCACACAAGUGGAGAGAAGUUGACAAGGAAAGGGUCUUCCUCCUCCUCACUGCCCUGUUUGUACUUGGUACCAAUUCUGUCAUGUUUGUCAGAGAAAGCUUGAGGCCACGGCAAGAUCCUGCGUUGUUGAUGUUCCGCAGCAGUGACUGACGCCAACUUGUUUUCCCUUGGACAACAGAGGAACCCUACGGAAGAGAGAAUUUUGUCCUAAAUUUUCCCCACAUAUGGCUUUUCUUGCAUUUUCUUUGUUUUGGUUUGGUUUUGGAAGACUUACUACACUUGUGUGUCCUGAACAGAUUUUUAAGUAGCAGGUUGGAUUUUUGUGGUAGUCCAAGGAAUUACGUGCCUCUGAGCUUGUAUACUGAAGCUGCUGUAACUAAAGGAAUAUGAAAAGAACAACCCUGAGGCAGAGGCUUCUACUGUCUUGGUUGCCAGUUGUACCCUGUUUUGCCAUAUAAGAAACAAGUCAGCAGUCAUGGUGUGCCAAGCUUUGUACACAGCCUCUUGGAUUACUAUGUCCCAAAAGCAUCAGAGUGGAGAGUGAUACUGGGAAACCUUUGCCGACCUUCUCUGCCAGUGACAGGAUUAAUGAGGAGGGUGGAGUACUUGGCCAGUUUUCUGUCCACCUUUUCAGUAAACAUAUCCCUUUAAGGUGUAGGACUAAAGUUUCUUCUAAAAUUGAGGUUUUAGAUUCAUUAAUGAAUCAUAAAACUGGAUCAGUCGAUCUCCUUUCAGAAGCCCACCCCAGUCCUCCUCAAGCUGCCAGAGAAAGAUGGUGCUGUCCAUGCUGGUUCCAUGGUCCUGAGCAAAGGAAAUGCAAGCUCAGAAAACUGGUUAAUGCACUCAAGAUCUAGUGUUGUAGUGAAUAGGAAGAACCCUUAACCAAUUUAACAUUAACCGCUUAUCAGUUUGUUAAUGUGAAAGCAUUUUUCUCUUAGCUAAAAGAGGACUGGUACAAAUGACUGGUCCCUCAUCUGCACGUGGCAGACUAGAAUUCUGGAACCUUUAUAUAGUUCAGUUUGUCCUCCCUUCUGGACCCUGGUAAAGACAAACCUCAGCUCAGAAUGAACACCCCAGACCCAGAAAUGUAGCAACAACCUAGACAGCAAUUCUAGCAUUUAUGAAGCAUCUGCUAAAACUGUGAUCCUGUCACUGGAGGUUUUGAGGUUUGAAGUGAUAUAUCCUGGUGUCAACCAGCAAAGCAACCAUUUUUCCAUUUCAUUUUUAAUUUCUCUAUAACUCAAUAUUUUCUCAGGCUGACAACUGCCAUUUUAAAGAAUCUUGAGAGUAUUCCUGUAGCAAAAUAAUAAUGAAUUGGAAAAAACACCUUAGCUACCUGUUUGUGGUUUUCCUAAAAAAGGCAUAGAGAUCCAUGCUUCGUUAAUCAAAGGUGUGACCAUGUCCUGUGAUGAAGCCAGUCCCUUCCACUUGCCUUUUCUGCCAAUGUCUGUUGAGUGGGCUUGUUCUCAUUAAGGCUCAGCCUGACACCCACAAGUGGUGGACAUAUGACAGUCCCCAAGCUCUACCUAGAAACUGCUUGCCUUGUGGCUAGUGACCUGGUUCAGCCCUGCACCUUCUAGCAGAAGGUGAAAUACAUGUCUUUACAAAGAGGGCAUAGGCCCUAAGGCCUUUUUGAACCAGAUUAAGUUGGAGGGCUUCUUGACACCUUUUGAUUAUAGCAGUUGGCUUACACAGUCCAAGCAGUAAAUAACUAUUUUGGAAAGUAGGCUUUCUUUUCAACCAGGUGUGCUGAUCCACCCUUUGUGGAGCACUUCAGAAUCAGAACACCUGGUAAACCUAGAGUUUGGUUUCAUAAUGAAUUACUUCAGCCCAUGUAAAUGUCUCCAGGGCUGCCUGGGAGAUUCUGAGCUUGAGUCUUGAGUUCUGAAUUCUCAAGAUAUGUGCCAAAAGUAGUAAUUUUUUGACUUAGAACUUUAUCCAUUUUUUAAUCAAGCAGGGAAAUUUCUCUUUUUCACACUAAAUAAUGGAAAGCAGCACCCCUGCCUCGACUUCAUACCCGGCUCCCUGCUGGUCUGGAAAGACAUUCAUGCUUCCUAGAGCAGUGUGAAUAUGACCCAGGGGUAGGUUAUCUUUUAUGAUUGUUCAUUGUUGCUACUUGCUCUGCUCUGCUGUGUUGUAGAAAAUAUUUGUAUGUUAAAUUAACUCACUAUGGUUUUUCACCUGGAAACGAAACAAAUUAUGUAUAGAGGGCAUUGACAUUCUUCUUUUUUUUGGUAUCCGGGAUCGAACUUGGGUCCUUGAGCUUGUGAGGCAGGCAGCGGAACCAUUGAGCUAAAUCCCCGGCCCAACAUUCUGAUUAAAAACUUGCUUGUCCUAGGAAAGACCUCCAGUACAGGAAUUUUCCUUGUCAUUUCUGCGCUUUGUGGUACCACCUAAUGACAUGCUUAACAAAGAGGGUGCAUUGACCAGCUGCAUUAAGAUGACUGGUCACCCGGAGGAAAGGACUGCUGCCCCUGCUUGGAGCUUCGUGCCCCUGGCCUUCCUUCACAGCUGUUUACAGGCGAGACAGGCCCGAGGUGGAUGGCCAACUGCUCUUGUGACAUUCACUCAGAGGAAUAUGAACAUUUUAUUUUUUAAAAGGGAUGACGUGUUUUGUGCCAGGUGUUUAUAAUUUAAUCCUUUAAUAUUAUGUUCAUUAACCUCUUAAAAUGAGUGAAUUCUUGAUUGUUUUAACACAGUACCUAAGACUAACGCUUUCUGUGGACACCACUGAGCUCUGCCUCAAACUCCACCCUCUGAGACUGAAGAGCCAUGUCCCCGGUAACUGCUGUCAGUGUGAACACUGAACUGUUUGUAUGUUGUAAAGAAGGAGAAGGACAGUUCUCUGAGACAAGAUCGUUGUCCUUAAAGGAGGAACAGUGGCCUUGCUUCUAGACGGUCUUCACUGUGUGUUUUAAAACAACAACAAUGUCAAAACUCUUUUGACCUGUAACUUAAAGAUCAUAAACUUCAGGCAAUAAUAUUUUCUGUGUAAGCUUUUAAAAUUAUUUUUGGGGAUCAUAGCUUGUUUUAUUUUGUGCUAUAAAAUUAACAGUAUUAAAUGACUUAUAUUCUUAGAAUACAUCGAGUGUCUUUUCUUAACAGAUUAGUGCCUUUUUAUUUUUGUAUUCUAUUUUACGUUACUGGUCCCAGCAUCAAACCCUUGUUUCCAUGGCCUGUUUGUACAUUGUCUCAAUAAAACUUGCAUCAGCCGGUGGUGGCA